AGGGCACCUUUGAAGUUAUUGAAUGUAGAGUUUGGACAAGAGGUCGAUGUUAAUGUUCAUAAGAAACUUGAUGAAUCAUAUAAGCCUCCAAAGAGGAAGAUAGAGGGAUUCCAUGGUAGAGGACAGAGAUUAGGAUCUCCUGUGCCUGGUGAUGCUCCAGAACCCGCUGUGGCAACUGCAACACAGGCUGUUCCAAAGACAGAGACUAAAGCAGAAAAAACAGAGGAAGUACCAAAAGGUGACUCUUCUAUUCAAAUAAGGUAUGCUAGUGGGAAAAGGGAAAUUUUCCGUUGUAAUGCAACCGACAGUGUGAGAUCUCUAUAUGAAUAUGUUUCAAGCAACACUACCGACAAAUCAAGACAAUUCACAUUAAACCAUGCUUUCCCAGUCAAACCGAUUG